CCGCUCCUUCUGUUCUGUACGCUCUCUCUCUCUCUCUCUCUCUCUCUCUCUCUCUCUCUCUCUCACACACACACACACACACACACACACACUCACUCACUCCUACAGAUCGGGUUUAGUCAUGGAGGAGUUGAGCGCAGUUGGUGAACAGGUCUUUGAUGCCGAGUGUAUUCUCAACAAACGCCAGAAGAAGGGUAAACUGGAGUAUCUGGUGAAGUGGAGAGGAUGGUCGUCCAAGCACAACAGCUGGGAACCUCAAGAAAACCUUCUUGACCCGAGACUAUUGGCUGCAUUUAACAAGAGGGAGCAAGAGAAAGAACUCUUGAUCUAUAAGAAGGGGAAGAGGCCUCGUGGGAGACCUAGAAAAAAUUUGGAAAGCAUUCCAGCCAUGUCAACAUUGUCAAAAUCCAGCAGCUCGUCAUCUUCAUCCUCUGGUUCAUCCUCCUCUUCCUCGUCGUCUUCAUCUUCUUCAGACGUUGAUGAAGACGUUAACGACAGGAAUCCAAAUCCCAGCCCUCGUCUGCGAGAGCUUCUCCCAGUCCCUCAAAAGAAAGCGCAGAUCGUGGUUGCCAAACCUGAACCUCCAAAGAAACGAGGGAGGAAAGCUCGUCCUCCAGAACUCAAGGCGCUGCAUCAAGCCAAAGGUCCAAAAGACUCUGAGCUACGAGGUAGCAUAAAGAAACCGCUAAUGCCUGCUAGCUUCAUGUAUACCGGGUUAAACAGAACCUCUGGACGAGACCAAGUCGCACCACACAGCAGAGGACAUUUUACCCAGAAUGCCCCUGUGAAGAGUUCGCUAAAUUCCGCUGGUCGAUCUGUCGGAUCCACCUCGCCUUCACCACUAAGUCGCCUAUCGCAAUCCAAAACGGCUUCCGAUUUGAAGCUCUCUGUUUUGGACAUGUCCAGCGGAGGAGCUGAACCCAAAACAAUGACAAUCAAAUCUCCAGGAGUAGCUGCGUUGAAUUUACUCAACUCAAAAAGUAAUGGUAACAGACAGGUGUGUUCGCCAGCUGCAUCUCCUAACGGACAGAGGAAACAGGAGGCUUUAGAUCAGAGUCCACCUCUGAGAGCAGUUAUUCCGAAAUCCUCGUCAAGCUCCUUUUCAUCUCAGAAAACUCCCUCCAGCCUCCAAGCUCUCAACCUGCAAAGCGCCAACAAAAACACACAGGGUAACGGUACAUCUACCACUAACAACAGUAUUAACUUGAAGGGUUCCACCAAUCCUGGCAGGAAAAGCUCUGGAUUUAACACAAGACACAAUCACAGCUCUGCACCAAACACUCCUAGUAAGUACACAAGCACCCAGCAAGUCCUCAAGAGUCCACAACGAGACAAGUCCAAAGCAGAUGAAACCAGGGAUUUGUCAGAGAGACUCGGAAAGAAGAAUCAAGGUCAAACGGAGAAGAUCCCACCCCAGACUCCAACGAAAGAGAGCCAAGAUUCCCAACUGGUGCAAGACAGAGCAUCGGCUAAAGAUGCUUUGAAACAAGAAAAGACCAUGAGCGAGCUGAGCACUGGAGAAGAAGGAAGCAGCUCGGAUUCCGACCAUGAUUCCUCGUUCCAGAUCAACAACCAGGAUCUGUCCAUCUCUGUGCAUGCAGGUCAGGACUGGAGGCCAACACGGAGCUUGAUCGAACACGUGUUUGUCACUGACGUCACCGCAAACCUCGUCACGGUCACAGUGAAGGAGUCGCCCACCAGCAUAGGGUUCUUUAGCAUUCGCAACUAUUGAAUGUCGUCAACUGGACAUGUAGCUGCUCUUGGAAAGUGAACAGCUAGGAGGAAAUGAUGGACGUUCAGAGGAUUUAAAGAAGUCAAAGGAGCAUUUUGGUGUCGAGAGCUUAUUAGAUUGUACUCUCACUUGUUGUUUUUACUCACGCUGAAUUGUCUUUUUCAAGUUUUGAAAGAAGACCAAUGCUACCGACUUGUAUAAUCUUACCUGAUGUUUAGUAAAAGAAGAACUGUUUGUCUGUUACAGUUGCUGUACUAUAUCUUAAGUCUAGAGGUAUACUUGGUUUUCCAAAUGCCGUUCCAUCUUGUGCACUGUCGAGCACUCAGCCUUUCGAAGUAUACUCUUUUGGACACGUUCGUACAAUGUGCAAAGACGCGGAUUGUCCGCCUGUCUAGAAAAACGAGGCUGCACGAGGACAGUCCGUGCAUACUGUGCUGAUGACAAUUUUCGAGGGAAUUUUCAUCAUGCACACUGUGCGUGAGAUGAUCCAUCACUUGGAAAACCAAAGUAAACUCAAGCCUUUAGGAACGCAAUUAAUCUUAAAACGAGGUGUUUGCUAUUCUUCUUGGUUUUCUCUCUCAAAGUUUAUUCUGAAUACAGUAUUCGUAAAAAAGAAAGAUCAGGAAUAUUUCCAAAGAUCGUUCAUGCAAGAAUAUUUGUUUUUGAGUGAACUGUCCAUUUAAUGCUGAAUCUCAAAUCACAUUUUUAAAGAUUUUUUGCCUGACUAAAAUUGAGGAUUUUAUUUGUUUCCCUUCUGAAAUGAAUAUGGGCAUCCUUUUGAUACUACAAAACAAAUGUCUGUUUAUUUAUUAUGUCUUACUGAUUUUGUUCUUUGGUGAUAUGGUCAAACACACAGUAAAAAUGUGUUUUGUACUAAAUUCAUCGU